GCAAAGAUGGCGACGGAGGCAUCGGCGAGGGAUGCUUACAUACAUACAACUUUACGACCUUUUUUCGCCGCUAAGAUGCCAUGAAAAGCAUAUCAACUGUUUUAGUUAGASACCUGGUUUCUUUGCAAGAAAUACUUAAGAUGAAUGUUGAAUAACAAGUAAAGCUGAAGAUGGAUAUGUUCAAGAAGACUACUUUUGUAAGGUUUUGCUGUGCGUCUGCCUCCAUGUUGCCAGAGGAACUUGGACUGUCAACUGAACAGCUGAUUUGUCUGUGCAAAGAAUGCAUAGAGAUGGCUAAACACUGUAAUGAUAUAAGUACCAUGAUGAAUUCAUGCGUGGUGUUCGUAGUGCAUAGCAACAGCUUAGGUAGACAUGCUGAAUCACUGAGGUGUCUGAAGGAAAUAUUACCGUUAGCUGWAGCAAUAMYAUGUUAUGAGUUAAGAGUUCGUAAACAUUUGUCCUUCACAUAUAUGAAGCUCAACGAGUUUGACAACGUUGUCUUGCACGCUGAGAAAAUGAUCGAAAUUGCUCAAACUAUAGGCGAUAAAGAAAACGAAAUCUAUGGACAUCAUGAAAUGGGACAUGCAUUUUUGUCCUUAGCUCGUUAUAAUGAUGCUAUUGACUGUGGCGAAGAAUGUCUUAAAAUUGCCCAGAAAAUUGAUAGUCCCGAAGGCAUGAUGGUUGCAUAUGACUACAUAAUGGUCGCAUAUGCAAACAUUCAGCAAUAUGAUGACACUAUUCAUUAUGCGCACAAGCUCCUUGAUUGCGCCAUGAAAAACAACAAUCAGGAGGGUAUGAUGGAGGCGUACUUAGAGCUAGGAGUAGCACAUUAUGCCUUGAAUCACUAUCAAGAUGCCACUGACUUUGKAMAGAAAUGCAUUGAAAUAGCGAGGGAAAUAGAAGACAGACGUGUUGAAGUCGAGGCUUACCUAUUAAUGGUGCAGAUAUAUAACGCUCUUUCCCACUACGACAAUGCAAUUAUCUAUUGCAAGAAAUGUAUUGAGCUUGCAGUAACUAUUGSCGAAAAACGUGCGGAGGCUCAGGCUUAUAGCUUACUUGGAGAGAUAUAUAUUUCCUUGGAGAAAUACGAUGAUGCCAUUCAAAAUUUCAAGCAAUGCAUCGAUAUCGUGAAGCGUUUUCGUUUCGAGAAGAAACCAGCGGUAAAUGCUUUUUUGUAUCUAGGAAAGAUAUAUGAGACACUGGAUCAGUAUAAUGAUGCAGUGCAUUACUAUAAGAAAUGCAUCGACAUGGCACAAGAAACUGGCGAGAAAAAGAUUGAAGCACAAGCAUGUCUAGGUCUUUCGUGUUUAUACCGGACAUUAGUUGAUAAGGAAAGCAUGGAUAAUGCCAUCCAAUACKGUAACAAAGGCCUGAAGAUCUCUCAAGAAAUUGGGGACAAAAAUACUGAGAUGGACGGAUAUCAUUGUCUCGCUCAUGCAUAUAUAGACUCGAUGCAGUUGAAUGAAGCGUCUUUGAGUAUGGAUGCUGGCAUGGCGAUUGCUACAGAGCUUGGAGACAAAGAAGCUGAAGAAAACUUCAAUGUGAUUCGUUCUAGUCUUUAUUGCACAGUUGGUUUGCAAAACAAGGUGGAUGCACCCUUAUUAAAGGAAUUAAUAGAGGUACCAACAUGUUCUGAAGAUGAGUUAUUACAGGAUCUUGACCAAGCGGUGAAGACAGGCGAUAAAAAGAAGAAAUCCAGAGCUUUCAUGAGGCUUUACAAAUUUUAUCGUUCUAGAAAAGAAUAUGUAAAAACAAUCAAUUGCCUACAGCGGUUUAAAGAGAUGAACGUUGAUUGUUCUGUGAACUUGUUCUGUAUCACAGAAAUGGGAAACUUGUAUCAUUUGAUGGGUCAGAAUGACAUAGCUUUACACAGUUUCAAACAAGGGCUACCUACUGCUGAGUCUUGGUCUGAUACUGGGCAGCUAUCCCUAUUCUAUCAUGGCUUGGGUCAAUUAUUGUGUUCAUUAAACAGAGAACUGAGCUUGGCAGAACAUUAUCUAAGAGAAGCUAUACGAUGCUUUGAAGCGAUCUUUACCACACUUGGUAGUCGUGAUGAAUUCAAGAUCUCCAUAUUUGACAAAUAUGUCAAUAGUUAUAAGCUGUUGGCAAUACUGUUAAUCAAAGGCAAACAGAUCGAGGAAGCGGUUUUAGUGUUAGAUCGUUGUCGUGCAAGAGCAUUGAAAGAUCUUAUGAUGUCAAACUUCAAGAUGGAACAAGAGGAGAGCAAUGAUGAACACCUAGAGUACAGCGAUGUUUUGUCUCUGGUCUCAAGAAAUGACUUCAGCAUUGCCUUUUACUCACUUUGUGGUAAUGGUUUUCUGAAGUAUUUUCUUGGAGGGGAGACAAAUUUGCAUUAUUCAGGUUGUCCUAAUCAUUCCGUACAGAUAUACAUCGAUAGGUUGUUUGACGAAAUGGGUGUUGGUGAGGUGGUUGACUGUGAGAACAGGUCUUUGGACAAAGAGGAAGAUAUUCAAAAAGAACAAAGAAGAUGUAUAGAAGAAAACGAGGAACUUAAUCAAGCAACGGCAUUACUGCUGAACCUCGAUUCUAACAGAGGAGAAUCUAAUGAGAAUAGUGCUGAAACCAAGGGAUCUACUCUAGAAGAUCUAUUUGAUAUCUUAGAAUGUGAUAGAAUACUAUCGUCGAAGCAAGACGAGGUUGUUAUUAUUCCUGAAGGUCCCUUAUACCAAGUACCUUUUCCCGCAUUACGAGAUCGUCGCACGGGAAAGUAUUUAUCAGAGACAAAGCGCAUUAGACUUGCUCCUUCAUUAGCGACUUUAAAGGCGUUGCAAGAACGCACAGAAGAUUAUUAUUCCAAGAAAGGCGCCUUAAUUGUUGGAAAUCCUCUUGUUGGUAAAGUCAUGUUCGAUGGUGAAGAGAAAGAGUUUGAUCCUUUGGAUAAUGCGUUUGCUGAAGCGAUCGCAGUAGGCAAUGUAUUCAAUGCGACGCCUUUGACAGGAGAGAAGGCUACAAAACAAGCGGUUAUCCAGAGACUAAAAGAAGGAGUAGCUUUCGUUCAUAUCGCUGCACACGGCAGUCUCACUAAAGGUACGAUAGCACUUGCACCUUCUCCUGAGGUAAUAGCAACAAAGAUCCCAGAUGAAGAAGAUUACAUGCUGACCAUGGCUGAUGUACAGCAGGCUAAAGUACGUGCACAGUUAGUUGUGUUAAGCUGCUGUCACAGUGGACGUGGUGAAAUCAGAGCUGAAGGAGUAGUUAGCAUGUGUCGAGCCUUUCUAGCGUCCGGUGCUCGUGCAGUGGUAGCGUCUCUGUGGGGCAUCGAUGAUGGAGCAACAUGCGAUUUCAUGUUUAGAUUCUAUACUCGCUUAAUGGACGGAAAGAGCGCGAGUGUAAGUUUACAUCAAGCGAUGAAUGAAAUCAGGAACUCUUCCGGCUACAGCGAACCAAAGUACUGGGCACCAUUCUUUCUCAUGGGUGAAGAUGUCACAAUCAAUUGUUAAAGAAUACUGAAAACAUAGCAUAAUGAUGACAUUUUUCAUUCUUAUCAUUAUAAUGACAAGUGCUGCCUUUUUUAGUUCAGAAGACAACUGAUAUAUUUUCAGCUGCUCAUAUCAUCAAAUCUAAAUAUAAGAUAAGGCGUAGGAUGAGGUGAUUUUACCGUGCCCUGUACAAGUCAACAUAUUAGCAUGUGAGUUGGCAUGUGUCGAGCCUUUCUAGCGUCAGGUGCUCAUGCAGUGGUAGCGUCUCUGUGGGCCAUCGAUGACGAUGCAACACUGGAGUUCAUGGUUAAAACGCCGCUCCACUCGAAUUUAUUACAACUAAGUUCAGUCUAGACUUUAGUUGAACAAUACACAGCGUACUUACCGUGUUCUUUACAGGUAUGAAAAGUGAAGGCAGAUCUCAAGUCAUCAUACUUCAGUCUAGACUUUGGUUGAACAACAGGCAGCGUACUUACCACGUUCUUUACAGGUAUGAAAAGUGAAGGGAGAUCUCAAGUCAUCAUAGUUCAGUCUAGACUUUGGUUGAACAACAGGCAGCGUACUUACCGCGUUCUUUACAGGUAUGAAAAGUGAAGGGAGAUCUCAUGUCAUCAUAGUUCAGUCUAGACUUUGGUUGAACAACAGGCAGCGUACUUACCUCGUUCUUUACAGGUAUGAAAAGUGAAGGCAGAUCUCAAGUCAUCAUAGUUCAGUCUAGACUUUGGUUGAACAACAGGUAGCGUACUUACCACGUUCUUUACAGGUAUGAAAAGUGAAGAGAGAUCUCAAGUCAUCAUAGUUCAGUCUAGACUUUGGUUGAACAACAGGCAGCGUACUUACGACGUUCUUUACAGGUAUGAAAAGUGAAGGGAGAUCUCAAGUCAUCAUAAUUCAUGUAUUACCAGCUGAUAUAAUAAAAAUAUUAGCCUAUCAGAAUAGAGAAAAUUUGCAAAACUGAGGUGUCUUUUUCCUCUUGAAAGUUUGGAUUUGCAAGCUUCCAAAUAAAAUAAUAACGUUGCUAAUAAGUGCUUCAUAACACUGAUGACACAAUUACGAAUGAGUUUUAUAUUUUUAUUCCAAUGGCGGACAGGUUUUUAUUUUUGGCUGAUCAAUUUUCACAGGUUUCAUGCAAGACACCUCAGUUUUGCAUUGACGUCAUUUCUACGUCACUAUUUCAGAUCAACUGAUAGGUUUUGUAUAUUUAUAUACAUUACUUUAUCCUUGACAAUUAUGUAAGUUCCUAAGCUAUCGUGGAAGUGCGCCCUAACGAAAUAUUCUAUAAUAACAACGAACACAAAAAGAACGAUUAAUGAUAAACUCUAAAUGAAGAAAUGAAGAUUUACCAAAUAUACUUAGAUGAUAAUAGCUAAUUUAAAGGCUAAGCGUA